AUGAAGUUCCAAAGCCUCUUCGUCCUCCUCGCUGUUUCCCUCACUGCUUCAGCGCUUCCAAGUCCCCAGGUUGUCAAGCUGCCUACCCCGCAAUGUGGAGGAAAGGGAUAUACUGGCCCCACGACUUGCAGUAAACCCAACCAUGUGUGCUUCUACUUCAACGAGAAUUACAGCGAGUGCAUUCACGUAACGCGAGUGCCCAUGUGGACACCAAAGGACUCCCCCGGUGUUGAGCAAUGA